GUUUUUUUUUCCUAUUGUAAAUUCUUUGUAUUGGUUGUCAAUAUAUAAAAUUUUAUUUUUUGCCAUCAACGAAAAAAAAACGAUUGAAAAAUGGUUGGUGAAUCGAAAAAAGAUAAAAUUCGCGAUAUGCUCAAAGGUAUUGAACUUUAUAAUCCGAAUAAUUUGACCAUAUUGCUUCAAUAUCUGGAUGAACAAUGUGCCGAUAAUCAUUAUGAUUUGGAAGCCAAUUUAACCAUACUUCGUUUGUAUCAAUUUCGAAUGAACACUGAUUUUAGUGAAGAAGAACUGGAUAAAGAUGUUGUCAAAAAAGUUAUCAUUAAAAUUUUGCUUAAAGCAUUGACUGCAUUGCCAAAUACGGAUUUUAUUCUAUGCAAAAGUUUGAUUCAUCCAAGUUUGUUGGAAGAUGAACCAGAACCGGAUGAUGAAUUGAAACAUGUUCUCACUUUACAUCAAUCAUUGGAGACAUGUAAUUUUGAAGAAUUCUGGAAAGUUUUACGUACCGUACCAGCUGUUUAUCUGAACAUUACCGGUUUUGAGGAUUCGAUUCGAAAAUUUAUUUGUUAUGUAGUGAAAAUUACCUAUCAAACAAUGAGAAAAGAUUUACUUGGCAAAAUAUUGGGUGGUCUUGAUGAAACACAACUUAAGUAUUGGAUCAAAGUGAAUGAUUGGGAGGAAAAAGAACCGGAAUACGUGUUCAUUUCGAAUCAAGAGGAAUUGAUCAAAUCGAAAAACAUCAAGGAAAAGAUUGAAUUUGAUAAUGUGGCACGUGUAGUAGCCGCAUAUGCUAAACAAUAAUAAUAAGAAAUAUUUAAUUUUUCUCUUUUUCGAUUACAAAAUAUUCAAAUUUUUUCAAUGAUUAAUAAUUCAAAUAAAAAAAUUAUCAUCAAUUAAUAUUCUGGUGGACGUGGUUGUCUUUUAUAAUUGAGCCGUUUGUAAAG